GAUUUGGCGUCGGCGGCUCCGGGCGCCUCCAGCUCCGGCUCGGGCUCGGGCUCCGGCUCCGGCUCCGGACGCCGACCAGGUCCCCUUGGCCCCCGCCGCGCGCCCUCCAACCUGCUGCUGCCGCCGCCGCGCCCCCCAAGCUCUGCCAGCUGCCCGCGCUCUGAGCCCGGGGCCGGAUUCCCAUGGAAGCGCCGCGAUGUUCGCCCCCCGGCUGCUGGAUUUCCAGAAGACGAAAUACGCGAGGUUCAUGAACCACCGAGUCCCUGCCCACAAGAGGUACCAGCCCACAGAGUAUGAACAUGCGGCCAACUGUGCCACCCAUGCUUUCUGGAUCAUCCCCAGCAUCCUGGGCAGCUCCAACCUCUACUUCCUGUCGGACGAUGACUGGGAGACCAUCUCCGCCUGGAUCUACGGCCUCGGCCUCUGCGGCCUCUUCGUGGUGUCCACCGUGUUUCACACCAUCUCCUGGAAGAAGAGCCACCUCAGGAUGGUGGAACACUGUCUACACAUGUUCGACCGGAUGGUCAUCUAUUUCUUCAUAGCGGCUUCCUACGCACCCUGGCUGAACCUUCGGGAGCUGGGCCCCUGGGCCUCCCACAUGCGCUGGCUGGUCUGGAUUAUGGCUUCCGUGGGCACCAUCUAUGUCUUCUUCUUCCACGAGCGGUACAAGCUUGUGGAGCUUCUCUGCUACGUCGUAAUGGGCUUCUUCCCCGCCCUGGUCAUCCUCUCCAUGCCCAACACCGAGGGCAUCUGGGAGCUGGUGACCGGAGGGGUCUUCUACUGCCUGGGCAUGGUCUUCUUCAAGAGUGACGGAAGGAUCCCCUUUGCCCAUGCCAUCUGGCAUCUCUUUGUAGCAUUUGGUGCUGGUACCCACUACUAUGCCAUCUGGAGGUACCUCUAUCUGCCCAGCACCCUGCAGACCAAGGUGUCCAAAUGAGGUGACCCAGACUCCAGAGAUUGUUUGGGCUUUAGGAGUGGAGCACGUUUCUGCGAACGUUAACCCAGAGCACAGCGCCAAGGCCUGUCUUCCCUUCAUUGGGUAGAUUUCUUGAUGGCUCCGAGGUGACUUCGAGUCCCCAGUGAGAAAGAAAGCAUUUAGCCAUUCUUACAGAGGAGAAAUUAACCCUGUAAUGUGUUUCUAUUUUAGAUGAGUGUUUCCUAAUACAAGCAACAUUAACAUCUUCAGAAAAGGAAGCAGGCGUGGUCCUGGAAAAUUGGGGAAUGACGAGCCAAUGUGUGUUUCUUAAGGUCCUGAGGAAUCUGGCAAGGAGUCCUGUGGGUUGUUUAUACCUGAGUGGCCAGGGCCUCCCUCUCUGCUACCAAAGUUCAGGCUGGCGAAUUGUCUCCGGUUCAGGGAAAGGGGACAGCCCAGCUUGUAGAUGAGGGAUGGUGAAUGGCUGUGAGGAUGGCAGACAUCACCAAUCAAGUGCAGCACAUGGGUGAUGUCAGAAUUCUUCCCAGCACAGUGUUCUGGGCAGCCAGUACCAAUCAAUUUGGCACUCAUGAUGGGACCUCUUUGCCCUUCCUGUCUGGUGUGCUCUGAAAUGGGAUAAUGGCCAGAGUAGCUGAAAAUCUCCAAAUGGGCAUUUGCAUGCCUAUCUCCUCAUCUCCCCCUCCCUUUUGGGAAGCUCCUGGAGUAGGCAGUUUGGGGACAGUAGAGAGAAACUGAGGCACACCCCCAUUUAGCCCCUGAUGUUCUGUUCCACCGUAGUUGGUUCUCAGUACAGUUGGGGAUGAGGAUGCUGUUACUUGGCCAUUUCUUCCUAUCCCCAAAAAUCCAGAGACAUUACAAGAGCCAUUCAUUCAUUAGAUGGGGCAAACAGCCCCCGGGCACUUGCUCCCUGUUCCAUACUUAAGGUUUGUGAUGCCAACAUUUGGAUUCUCUCUUGGUGCCAAUCAGUGGCUGUUAGAGGCUACUCAGGUGUACCCCAAAGGGAAGGCGCACGGAUCUGGGGAGACUGUUCCAGGUCCCCUCAACCUCUGAAGUGCCCAGUAGCCCAACAACAAGGCUUCUGGGGGCCUGUUCUUCAGCCUCGGUCAGGGUGGGGCCAGCCUCUCUGUGCAAUGCUGCCGGGACAUUUACUGGGGAGGUGAGUAGCAGGCGCAGCUCCAGGAUCUGAAUUGGAGUCUCAGAUUCUCUGGAUAAAGAAUCUGUCUCAAGUCAGGAGGUCCUUAUUCUGCGACUCCCAGCCAGAGUGGAGAGGGCACGGACAGGAUGCCUUAUGCUUAUCUCUAGCACAUUCCAGGGGGUUCCAGGGCUCCUGCACCUGGAAUCCUGUGUGUCCAAGCCAGUAUUAAAUUAUCUCGACACAUUCCACAGA